AUGGUGGACUGUUCUUGCUCUGCUGAUCUGUAUUUGACAAGUUUUGAACCUGGUCUAUGUGCAACAGCUUAUGAGAUCUUAUCUGAUGAAGAGAAGAGGAAAAACUAUGAUCUUUAUGGGGACGAAAAGGGACAGCCUGGGUUCGAGUCGGGAUUUCCCGGAGGUAGUGGUGGGUAUUCAUACUCCUCAAGUGGUGGACAGAGUGGUGGGUUCGGUUUUGGAGGACCGGGUGGAUGGCAGAAUAUGGGAGGUGGGGGCGGUUCCGGUUCGAAAUCGUUUUCCUUCUCAUUUGGCGGUCCUGGUGCAAGUUCCUCCGGUUUUGGGAUGGAUGAUAUCUUUUCCAUGUUUUCGGGAGGUGGCUCUAAAGGAAGGGAUCAGUUUGGUGGAUUUGGUGGCUUUGGUGGCUUUGGUGGAUCAAGGAAGGCUGAAUCUGGAUCAAAGAGUGGUACGGUAGCAACUAUCAGAACUAUAAAUCCUCAGGUUUAUAAGAAGGAAAUUGUGGACCAAGGGAUGACUUGGCUUAUCCUGUCGUAUCUUCCAUCUCAAAGGGGAACCCAGUACCAUGAGUCGACCAUUGAGGAAGUUGCUGAGUCGUUGCAAGGAGCUUUAAAGGUUGGGCGUAUAAAUUGCGAAACAGAAUCCUCUCUUUGCAAACAACUUGGCAUAGUUCCUCGUAGGGCUCCAAGGUUGUUUGUUUAUUCAUACACAUCAAGUGGCAAAGCUACCUUAGCAGAAUAUACUGAAGAGCUUGUUGCAAAGAAGUUGAAAAGCUUCUGCCAGGAACAUCUACCGAGAUUCUCAAAAAGGGUUGACCUGAAUGCCUUCGAUGUCUCUGCUGUUGGGUCACAAAGGACUCCUAAAGUUCUGCUUCUGUCAACAAAGAAAGAUACUCCUGUCAUCUGGCGUGUUCUUAGUGGCUUGUACAAUGGACGCUUUGUCUUCUACAACACAGAGGUCCAUGAUACUUCUGACCCGAAGAUUCAGAAAUUGGGGGUUGACGCGUUCCCAGCAAUAGUAGGCUGGCUCUCGAAUGGGGAGAAGCAAGUCUUGAAAACAGGCAUCACUGUGAAAAAUCUGAAAUCAGCCGUCCAGGAAAUUGGUAAAUUGCUAGAAGGAUUUGAGAAAAAGAACAAGAAGGUCGCUUCUAAUAGUCAGUCGGGCAAAGCACAAAGCGAGCCCGUAGAGAAGAUACAUGUUCUCUCGAGAACAAAUUUCGAGUCCGUUUGCGGAGAAAACACUCCUGUUUGUAUUAUCGGUGCCUUCAGAUCUUCACAGGGUAAUGAGAAGCUGCAGUCAAUAUUGUCCAAGGUGUCACAGAAAUCACUGUCUCGACGACAAGCUUCAGCCACUGGUUCUCAGGACACAGUUUCCUAUUCUCUUCUAGACGCGGCAAAACAAUCUUCGUUCUUGAGUUCACUUGACAAAUCAGAGUUCAAAACAUCUGAUAAGCUUCUAAUAGCUUACAAGCCUCGAAGAGGCGACAUGACUAUGGAGGAAGUUGAGAAAUUCGUAGCGGCUGUUCUUAACGGAGACAGAUGUACAUCGUUUUGUGGAGAAGAAAUUUCAUGUUUCCUGUGGUGCAAGCUACUUCUGGAGGCUCUUGUACUUGCAGAGAAAUCUUUCAUGGGUGAAACGAUUCUGAUGGACAACACAGAUGGAUCACAAGACACCCAAGAGCUAAAAUGUUUCCAGACUGUGACUUGCUAUCAGGCCGUAGUGAAUAACUUGGAAGACGCACAUGAACAGAUCGAUAAGGCCAUAUCGAUGGCUUUGAAUGAAAGCAAACCUGUGUAUAUCAGCAUCAGCUGCAACUUGGCUGCAACUCCCCAUCCUACAUUCCGAAGCGAUCCCAUCCCAUUUUCUCUCUCGCUAAAGUCGAGCAACAAGAUGGGUCUAGAAGCAGCGGUGGAAGCAACCGUGGAGUUUCUCAACAAGGCCGUGAAACCGAAGAGCAUCAUCUUCCUUAUCAACAAUGGUGGCUACACCAUCGAGGUUGAGAUUCACGAUGGACCUUACAACGUGAUUAAAAACUGGAACUACACUGGUUUUGUCGAUGCGAUCCAUAACGGUGAAGGUAAAUGUUGGACGACUAAGGUGAAAUGCGAGGAGGAGCUAGUAGAUGCAAUUAAGGUAGCGAGUGAGUCAAAGAAGGAUUGUUUAUGUUUCAUUGAGGUGAUUCUUCACAAGGAUGACACAAGCAAAGAGUUGCUCGAAUGGGGCUCACGCGUUUCAGCCGCCAAUAGUCGUCCUCCGAAUCAUGACUAGACAAGAGACAAGGCCUAGAUAACAAUACAUUUCAGAUGAAGAUAUCAGAAAAGAGUAACUAUUUAUUUCCGACGAUUUUGGAUUUCCUUCUUGAGAAAAUUCAAUAGGUUGUUCAAAUUCAUUAAUUC